CAGGACGCGUCUUCAACCGGCACCUGACGGGAGAGAGCUCUUUAAAUUACCGACUGUUGGGAGACUCCACAGCCCGUCUGGGCAGCCCCUUCCAGUGCUCCCUCCCCUCAACAGGGAACAAGUUUUUCCUUGGGUUUCUUUGGAACCUCUCAUGUUCCAGCUUGUACCCGUUGCCCCUUGUCCCCUCAUUGGAGACCGCUGAGGACAGCCUGGCUCCAUCCUCCUGGCACGCGCCCUUUACGGAAUCACCCUGGCUGCGGGUGACAUCAUAAAGCCCAUUCCUCAGGCCGGGAGCAGAGCGUCACCCGGCAGUAGGGGACUUGUGUCACCCCCUGAACACAGAGUUGCAUUCAGUGGUGAGGAGGAGAAGGAGGAAGACGUGGCAAGCUAGCUGCUGCCAUGGCCAUACUCAGCCUCUCCCAGCUGCUGGACAGGGCCCUCGGGAUUCCUGAGGACAAAGGCAUUUCCUCUCAGCUCCUGCACAGGGUGCUGGAUGCCAUGCUGGGACACCUGGGCCUGCGGGACGCACCGGCCGAGGCCCCGAUGGAGGGGACGGCCCUUGGCGCCCGGGUGGCCUCGCUGGCUGCGGAGCUGCAGCAGCUGAGAGAGAGAGUGGAAGCCAACGAGAGCAGCAUUUCCAAGGCCGUGGCUCUGUCCCAGGAUGUGCUCACGCAGAUCGGCGGGAUACAGGUGGCGCAGUCCCGCAUGGGCGAGGAGAUCCGGGCGCUGCAGGAGAACGUUCAAAGUGCUGCCAGCUCUCUCAGAGGCAUCCACGACCAGAUAACAGCUUUGACCAGCGAUCUGGAAAGGCUGAAGGAAGUGUUGAGCCUCUAUCCGAGGCCGGACAAGGUGAAGGACAUGGUGCAGUGGAAGGCACUGGACGACUGCCUAGUGGGCAGCACGACAAGAGGAGGAGGAGGCCAAGAGGUGGAGAGCGCUGGGAGCCGGUCUGCCCCGGCCAAGUCCCCCGCUCUGGAUAAGAUGCAGGAAGCACCAGUGACUGCUGAGAGGAGGGCAGGUUCUCCCUCAGGGCAGACCAACAUCAGUGCCACGUCCUCAGCCUCCAGCAGCAUCCCCGAGCACUACACAGAGGCGGAGAAGGCUCUGCGCCAGCUGGGGCAGCUCAGACACCUCUCUGCUGCGCUGCAGUCCAAGCUGGACCGUGGGGACCUGGAGCUCCAACCAGGGAUGGAGGAGAAUGCCGCCGCGGGCAUGAGCAAGCACAUCGUGACCAUCCCCUCCGGGACGCCGGUGCCCCCUGGCCCCCGCAGGCAUCCCAGUACUACCCCCGAGCCCGAGCACACACAGCAGCACGGCCGCAGGGAGCUGGCGGCCGAGCACAGGUACCCCCGUGUGCCGCGGCAGUGCGGCGGCCGACACACCGUCACCCAGUCGCUGCACCCCCCACAACUGCCCCGGCUGCAGCGCCGCGCCCCAUGGAACACCGAGGACGAGGUGCCGCUGGUGGGCACCGACGGCCGCGUCUACAGGGGCCGGCUGGACGCGCAGCCGCCCGCGGGCACGCAGGGCACGGCCAGGGCACACGUGGGCAGGGACGCGGCCACGCAGCCCCUGAGGCAGCAGCACAGCUGGGACAGCGGACGGCUGCUCUCCCGGCCCCAGAACUACGUCUCCUCGCUCUGUGUGACAGGCACUGGCAUGUCACCAGAGCACAGGCUGACUUCAUCCCACGGCCAGCAGACCCGGGCACAGCGGCUCCUUCCAGAGCUCCACACCUCUUUGGAGAGACCCAGCACGCCGGUGUCUGAGCAGGACUGGGCGGCCCUGUCCAACCUCCUACAUCCCUCACAGGUCCCAAGCAGGCGAGCGAGCAGGGACAGACAGAGGCAAUGAGGGACAGUGGGCAGCCCAUGCUGAAGUAGUAGUAGCAGAAACGUCUUAGAAGAGAGAAAGCUUUUCCUGCCUUCAAUAAAAAGAUGCCAUUUUUCUGAUACCUGC